AUGACACAAACCCUCAAGGAUUUCAGGCCUCUCCACAGUUCUCUAAAGAAUGAUGGCGGUGAUUCUCAACACACAAAUAUUGCAGAAAAUGAAAAUCCAAAUCUCGCUCGUCAUGUUCAUUUCGGACCAAUGCCACACUCAGUGAAAUCGUGGGCAACUUCGUAUUCAAAAAGUCAAAAGUAUCAACACGGCAAUUUCGAAAAGAAUCGAAACCAAUCGCAUACUUUCAAUGAACUUGGAGGCUCUGGUAGUGAUUACAAUGACCAUAAUGAAGGAUGUAGCAAUGUACGUGAUGACACAACAAUCAUCGAGAACGAAAGAUCUCCGUUGAUUCAUCGCCAUAAAACUACCUUUGGUCAUUUCGAAGACAAUGGAGAUUACAGAAGUUUGAUAGAGCACGGUAAAUCAACAGUUAAACAAACGGUUUUCAACGCGAUCAACAUUUUGAUGGGCAUUGCCAUCCUUGCUUUGCCACUCGCCUUUAAACAUACAGGAUGGAUUAUUGGAAUUUCAAUAUUUCUGUUUUGUCUGAUUUCAACAAAUUACACAGCAAAAAUACUAAAGAAAUGUCUGGAUACCGACGUCGAUUGCCUUACCUAUGCAGAACUCGCGCAUUUGGCGUACGGGGACAGAGGAAAAUAUUUCAUGGGUGCGGUUUUUAUGUUCGAUCUACUUAACGCUUCGGUUGCCUUAAUGAUAUUGGUUGGGGACUCUCUAAAAACCCUUUUUCCACAAGUAGAAUUAACCAGCUUAAAACUUAUCGUCUUUGUCAUAAUCACACCGCUCACAUGGAUGCCAAUUCAUUAUCUCUCCUACACCUCGAUUUUUGGUAUAAUUACUGCUUCAUCAUUGGCUGCGGUAGUAUUGAUCGACGGUUUUACCAAGUGCGAAGCACCGGGAAGUUUAUUAAAUCCCAUGGACACUUAUUUACUACCUCCGAAUUGGAUUACCGUACCGUUUGCUUUUGGUCUCAUCAACUCUGCAUUUUCUGGACACGCUGUAUUUCCUUCAUUAUACAGAGAUAUGGCAAAACCUUGUGACUAUAAACAAGUGGUAAAUUACAGCUAUCUCGUGGCCAGUGUGAUUUAUAUAACCGUAGCUAUAAGUGGAUAUUUGAUGUUUGGAUCGCAGACUAUGCAAGAGAUUACUCAAAAUAUUAUGGCAACUUCUGGUUAUAGCUUAUUGUUAAAUUCUAUAUUAAUAUGGAUAAUAGUGAUUAAUCCAAUUUCGAAAUUUCCGCUCACCGUGACACCAAUUAAUAUAAGCGUUGAAAUUACACUCUUUAGAAUUCCUUACAUGCAUGAAAUAUUUCGAUCGAGAUUUUCAAAACUUCUAGUUAUCAUAUUGUCAAGGUCUUUCGUUAGUUUCAUUAUUUUCUGUACAGCUGUAAUAUUUCCCGGAUUCGACCGCGCCAUGAUCUUCGGAAGAUGUCUUUCAAAACGGGAGAUCAUUUGGAAUUUAUUGUUGCUGGCAAUUAGUACAUUUAUGGCUAUAUUGGGAACCAUUUGGACAUUCUUCCCUAGAGAAUGGUUAGAAUAA